UUACGUCACUUCCGCUAACGUUACGUCAUCGCUCAGCAAUGGCGGACAAGGAGAAGCGCCGGUCCGGGACAACUCCUCCAGGGAUGCCCGAGGGCAAAGCCACCAAGUCGGACAGCGACAGGGAGUUUCUGUCGCAGGCCGGGGUGGGAGAGCUGCUCCGCGGGGCCAUCCUGAAGAUGGUCGAGGCCCGGUCCGACGACCCCAUCGGCUUCCUGGCCGACCACUUCUGCCACCUCGCCUCCGUGACAGAGAGCGGCACAGCUGGAGGCGGCGACGGCGUCCAGCUGAGCAACGGGACGAUGAACGCAGGAGCGCAGGAGCAGCAGCAUCUCAACCGGGCGCUGUGGCACCUGCGGCUGGCGCACCACUCCCAGAGAUCUGCCUUCAGCAACAACGUCCGUGUGGCCUACGACCUUUUGAACCUCACUGGGCCCCGUACAUGCACAGUUGAGGUCCCUGAAGGCCUCGAUGGCUCCUGCGCCGACAGCCCGACAGGAGGAGGAGUGAGAGGAGGCCUCUACACACAGACUCUGCAGUGCCUGUGCAGCGAGGGUGGGGUCCCUGCCUCCACCUCGGCCCCGCUGCUCCGACGCCUCCAUUGCCAGGACCACGAGGCCGUCCCUCACGACGUCUUCCGCCACGGCGUGCUUACGUGCGCAGUUUUCUCGGACUACAUCCGGCAGGCUCAGAGGCUUUACGCUGAGGUGUGCUGUCCGGACGAGGGGCCGGCCUCGCAGGCGCUGUGCCUGGCCGUGCUGGGGACCUUAAAGGAAGCCCUGGAGACUUCUCAAGGCUGCGAUGCAAACUGCUGUGCAAAUGUUAAUACGAAAUCCACUUCCUGUCUGGAGGCCAACAUGAAGGCCAUACGAUACCUGGAGGCCAGUGCCACGAUCUCGCCAUACAAGCUGGCUCAGGCCAUAGCCGGAGCACAGACAUGUGGGCCGGGCGGCGACAUGGACGCUAAGGAGUUUGAGAACGCAGCGGCAGAGCUCUUCAUCACGCGGGUGAAAGUUGUGUCCUAGGGCUCCUGUGUGUUUUCUCAUAAUUUAUGAAUGUGCAGCAAUCUAGAGUCUACUGUAGAGGAAACGACGGCCCUCUGUGUACCUCCUCUGACCUCUCAUCUACUCCUGAGUAGGAAAACAAGAAAUAAUAAGGCUAAACACUCACAGAUACACUAAACCCAAUAACUCCAUCAUUUGGAAGAUCAACACUAACUGUUAAACGUGUUUAUUGUCUGUUGUUCAACUUCUCAAAGUGGAUCGGAUGUUACUAAUCAAGCAGCUGCUGUGUUGAGUGAAGUACAGUCAUCCUACGCCUGUUUAUCCAUUAUUUUUUAACCAUUGCCAAGAAAUGAAAUGUUCAUCACUCUGUACUGAUCUACAUCUAGUUCAAAUCCACCGAACCAACCCUGUAAUAAAUUCUCUUUUGUUUAACUCAUCA